AUGGCUGGCUGGGGAGAAGAACAGUGGGGAGGUGGAUCUGGAAGUGGUGGCUAUGGUGGUGGCUAUGGAGGCGGCUAUCGCCGUGGCGACCGAGGUUCCUUUCCUCAACCACAACCAGCUCAUGACCCGUACGACGUCAAGCUCCCAGAGUGGUUGGAAUCGGUCAUGAUGUGCGAAGGAGAAGCCCGCCGAUCUAGAGAUGAUCGCAUAGUUUCGCCCUUUCAGGCCUGGCUGGUCAAGGAGAUUAGGACGAACUCAGCCAGUUCCAUCAACGUUCUGACUGAGCGUGAUCAUGUCAUGCCGCUCGCCCAUGAGGCCUUUCAACCCUUCAGCUGGCCAGUCCUUCGUGACAGUUCCCCGAGCUAUACAGACGUGAAGAUCUACAACGGGAACGAGAUCUUGUUCCACUGGAUGUUCCGCGGGUUCAGGGUCAGACCUACAGCGUUGGUCCGAAAGGCGUUGUCGUUGCUGGAGAUUCUGCUCGCUCGAGAUUCGAACUCCGUGUCUGCGACUGCGACCUCCACCUGGCUCGUGGUCUCCCACAUCAGUGGGCCGACCCUCAUCCAGACGAUCGAUUGGUGGAACGAGGCGGUGGCCAGCUCGCGAGCCCAAGUCGGGGAGAGCAAGCUCUUUGAGCGGGAGCCGGUGGUGGUGGCCUGGUCUUCGGCAGCUCAGGAAGCGGGAAUCGCCGCCAUGGAUCAGGCUUCCAGCUCAGCGGGGGCGGUUCAGAACCACAACAAGAUGGAGAUGGAUCAGCGCGCGUCCGGCGCCAUCAACACCACGGUCGUGCAGGGCGACUCAGAUGGAUCGGAGCAUGGUCCUGUGGCUGAUCCCAACAGGGACGUGGCCAGAGAUGAUCGUACUUUUGCUCGGUCCACGGCCAAGCUCAAGCCGGCACUCUUUGCGAAGAUGACGGGUGGCUCUUUUUUUCUGGGGCAGCUCGCGCCCCAGACGUCGACAGUGGUGGUCUCCGAGGUCGAGCAGCAGGAGAACAUGCAGGCUGCUGCAGGUGAACUGGUCCGUGAUCGCAAAGUGGCGAUCGCCUCGACCCGGCUGGUGAAUCUUCAGUUCGUGCUGGCGGUCGAUGUGACCUCGGAGGAGCAGUUCGCUGCCAAGGUCUUCGAAUGGACUUCCGCCUCGGCGCCUUCAGCUCAUGAGCAGCUCCAGCAGCGAACACAAAUGCUGGAGCAGUUCUGGUUGUUCGCUCGAGCGGCGCAGUCAGUCUUCACGGAGUCCCUCGGCUGUACCAGAUGGGCUUCGCUCGGUGCGCGAAAGUUCCAAGACGAAGGCUGGAGGGCUCCAUUGCAGAGCAGUUCGCGCGCUGGCAGCUCCCAAGGCGAAGGUGCUCCUUCGAGCGGCGGCCAGUUCCUCGGCGACUUCUACGCCGCUGCUGGAUCUGGAGCCGGGCGAAAAGCCAAAGUGGGCAAAGAGACUCCAAGACAUAGCCGAUCAGGCCGGAGACCGCGCAAUGGCGAACCACAUCCGGAAGUUCGAGAAAUUCGAGAUGUGGGCCGCUCGCAGACAGCUCUUAAAUGGGUUUCGUUCCGGAUCAACGUGGCGCUCCCUUCCUUGGAAGCGGCUCUGAAAGCGCAAGAGAAAGAAAUCUUCGACAGGCGCGGCAAACCGUUGGAGGAGGCGAUCGCCUAUCCGAUCCCACUCACCCAUCCCCUCAUGGACGGUGCGUUCGCCGCCGAGUUCGCCACGGCAGCUCGCGACGUAGGGGGAUGGCAAGCUCUUGCAGCGGGAACUCAUGCUGAUCUUUUUCGAGCUUGUGUUGAUUGCGGUCUUAUGACAGGAUGCUACUGCGAUGGUGUGCACGGGAUCCCGUGCUUUGCAGCCGUUCGAGUGCCAAGUGAACAGUGGUGCCGUGGUCAGCGCACCCCGCUCUGCACACGAUGUGAUCGCAUCUUCGAAGCCUGUCAUUUCUGCCGGCAUUUCACAUGUGCGCACCGCCGGCUCGUGAGUGAGACCGUGAUCACGGUGGAGGAAGGGUGA